GCUUGACUCAUAAGUUGGUUGUUCAUUGUAAGUUGAUCCGCCACGGUACAAGGCACGCACGCGUUUCUUGACACAAUAGAAAGUUCUUUCCAUUCGUCUUCCAAUUUGUUCGUCGCAAAAGCAAGCAAACUUUUCCCUGCACCCAGAAAGAGAAAGAUUGCAGCUUUUCCACCCGCAAAACAAAAUGGAGCAAAUAUGGUGGGUUCUGGUGGCUACGACGGCAGCGGCAUUGCUGAUACCCUUAAUAGUCUUCUGCAAACCAUUACUCUUCACGAAGAAAAUAGCUGAAUCUCCGGAACCAGAAGAAGAAGAAGAAGUAUCGCAAUCCGUAGAGUUGUCAACUCCUUCUGAUUCGCCUUCGCAGCUUCCCGUCGGGGCAUACGAGGUGUUUCUGAGCUUCCGAGGUCCCGACACUCGCCUCACGUUCACCGAUUUCCUCUACACCUAUCUGGUCCAAGCCAAGAUCCGAACUUUCAGGGACGACGACGAGCUCCGCAAGGGGGAGACUAUUGGGCCUGAACUCACCAAGGCCAUUGAAGAGUCCAAGAUUGGGAUCCCAAUUUUCUCCCCUGAUUACGCCUCCAGCAAAUGGUGCCUCCAGGAGCUUGCCCAAAUGGUGGACUGCAAGAGAAAGAAAGGGCAGGUCAUUUUGCCCAUUUUCUAUUAUGUUGAACCCAACGAUGUAAGGCAUCAGAGAGGGAGUUACAAGCAGGCAUUUGAGCAGCACAGCAAGAGGUUUGAUAAGAAGACGGUGGAUGAAUGGAGGGUUGCUCUGGAAGAGGUUGGAGCAUUGAAAGGAUGGGUCGUGAAGGACUCAACUUGGCAAGGAGCUACAAUUGAGAAUCUGUUUUCAGCUGUCUGGUCGGCAUUGAGGAGGGAGUAUUUGUUAGUGACUGAUAACUUGGUUGGCAUUGAGCAUCAUGUAGAAGAAAUUAUCAAAUUACUGGAUUUGGACUGUGAAGAGGUGAAAAUUGUUGGGAUUCAUGGUUUAUGUGGGAUCGGCAAGACAACUAUAGCCAAGGCUGUUCACAACAAACUUUUUGAACAGUUUGAUCAUUGUUGCUUUCUGGAAGACGUACGAGAAACGCAACAAGAACAUGGGGGCAUUGUCAAGUUGCAAAACACACUCAUCUCUAGCAUCUUGAAGAUGGAAGCCAACGUUGAUAAUGCUAGUCAAGGAAUCAACAUGAUGAGAAACAGAGUCUGCAAAUACAAACUUCUGAUAAUUCUUGAUGACGUGGAUACAAAAUUUAAAUUCGACAAUAUCUUAGGAAAGAGGGACUGGUUUUCCGCCGGUAGCAGGAUAAUCAUUACAACGAGGGAUAGGAAAGUCCUAAAUCUUCUUAAGGUGAAUGAGAGAUACGAACCCCCUGCAAUGAAUCCAGACCAUGCUCUUCAACUUUUCAGCAAGCAUGCCUUUGGUAAGGAUGCUCCUCCAGAAGACUAUGCAGAACUAUCUUCUGCCAUUGUGUCAACUGCUGCAGGGGUUCCUUUGGCCCUUAAUAAUGUAGGGUCAUAUUUGUGCGGUGAAGAUAGAGAAGUGUGGGAAGAAACGUUGGUGAGGUUGAAAGAAAAAGCCAGCGAGAAUGGCAACAUGAUAAGUUGAGGUAACUUUUGUGGACGAACUCAUGAACAACUCUUAUAGAUGUUUUUUAACAUGACAUGGUUCUUGACUAGAAAGAAUGAAGAAAUCGCUUGGUACAUUUGGAUUGGGCGAUUGGCUGACACUUUUAUCUUACAAGAAGCAAUUGUCCUUUUUCCUAGGUCUUUGGUGAAGAUUGGAGCAUUUAUCAUGCAUGAUCAGCUUAAUGACCUUGGUGGAGCUAGUAUCCGUGAAGAAAAUAUUGAAGAGCUGAGGAAGCAUAAUUGAUUGUGGUCUAAUGAAGAUACUUUGGUUGUGCUAAAGAGAAAGAAGGUAUUAUCGAAGCCCAAAAUAAGUGUAGCUAUUUUUCAGCUUUAACCUAAAAAAAAUUCACUGUGCAGCAGUUGAAGCCGGUUAAAGGCCCUUCGAGUCAACAUGCAGUUGAAUCUGCAGAAUAGUUUUGGUUGCUGCAGACAGAAACGCUACAUGGGGGGACUUAAAGAUCAGCCUGUGGCUGCUAUCAUCCAACUGGAGACAUCUCUGUAGUUGAAAGGGUUGGUUUUGACUCACGAGGUAAUGACUUCUCAUGUUUACUAUUAAUUGUACACGGGAACAUAUGAUGUCUGUGGAAGGAUAAGUUAAUUGGUUGGAUGAUGCCGGUUAGACAUGUCCAGCAUCACACUGCUGAGAGAGCACUGAAUUAUGAUGCUAGAAUGACAUUCACUACACUGUGUUAUUGGUUUUUACAAUGAGAACUAAGGGGUCGUUUGGUUUUGGUGAUUGUUUGGUUGGGAUAGUUACAAUGCAUGCAUUGUCCAUAAUGUAUUGUUUUUUUUGAAUUCUUCUUAGAAAUGCAGCUUUUAUGAAUUAUACAGUUCAAAUCAUGCCAUUUAGAAAUCCCUGAUGUUUGCAUUAUUGGAUUGAACUAUAAUAUGAAGACUAUGUUGAUAUCCAGACCAUGCUCUUCAACUUUUCAGCAAGCAUGCCUUUGGUAAGGAUUCUCCUCCAGAAGACUAUGCAGAACUAUCUUCUGACAUUGUAUCAACUGCAGCAGGGGUUCCUUCAGCCCUUAAGGAUGUAGGGUCAUGUUUGUCCGGAGAAGAUAGAGCAGUGUGGGAAGAAACUUUGAUGAAGUUGAAAGAUUAAGCCAGCGAGAAUGGCAACAUGAUAAGUUGAGGAUCUGAGGUAACUUCUGUGGUACUAGCAUGAACAGCAUACAGAUGUUUCUUGACAUUACAUGGUUAUUGACUAGAAAGAAUGAAGAAAUCACUUCGCACAUUUGGCAUGACUGUGAAUCUUAUCCAUAAGUAGAUUAAGUCUUUUUCUUAUCUUACAAGAAACAAUCGUCCUUUUCCGUAGCUCAUUGGUAAAGAUUGAAGAAAUAUAAUACGUUUAGGAUGCAUGAUCGGCUUAAUGGCCUUGGUGGAGCUAUUAUCCGUGAAGAAAUACUGAAGAGCCAACGAACCAUAGUUGAUUAUGAUCUAAUGAAGAUGCCUUUGCUGUGCUAAUCGAGAAGCUACUGUCUGGGGUGGCUUGAGUGAUAAGGCUUGCGGGUUAGCAUGGUGUGCUCCCUGGUUCUAAUCCCACAGCCUUUCCAUUCUGAAGAAAUCCUUUGGCGGCCACCAGCAGGGCUAUAGCACUUGAGAAUUUCAGAUGGUUUGAGCUUGAAAUUUGAGUCUUUCAGUAGGUUUCAUCUUGAACUUGCUCAAGAUUGACACCAUUGAAGUUCUUCAGUCUCUGGAAGCUCUAGAACAUUUGAGAUCAGUGUGCCUUCAGUUGAUUAUAAGAUUGCCUUGUCUGUCCUAGUUAAUUAAGUUAGAAUUUCUAUUCGUAAAAAAGCUGCAGUCUUUAGAUGAGAUUGAGACCCUCAUGCCUCAGGGACUUGAAGCUAUUGGAGAAACUGAACCUACUGGUGAGUUACAAGCAGGCACAUGAGUAGCACAAGAAGAAUUUCUACCUGUAUCUGGUUAAUUCUUGGCUUAAAUGAGCAAUUUGUCAUAUUGUUUAAACAAAUGAUAUCACACUGCCUUGUAAACAGUUUUUUUGAUAACUUUGUAUGCAUAUUGAAAGGCAGACUUUCGAGAAGACUUUCGAGAUAACUCUGUUAAUAGUUAAUACUAUUUUCAUCAUUAUAAAAAAAAAUAUAUGCAUACAAAGUUAUACUUUUUAGACAAUUGCUUCUGUUACCAAUCAAUGAACCAAAUCACAUGACCAAAAUAGGCAGAUACAAGAAACUGAACUUGAAGAAAGGUAAAUGAUGGGUAUGGUUGCUGCAGACAGAGAUGACACAUGGGUGAAGUGAAGAUCAGCCAUGGCUGCCAUCAUACCUGAGCAGUUUAAAAAGCUUAACUUUUUACUUCAGAGUUCAGAUGUAAUGGCUUUGCAUGUUUUCACGGGCAACAUAUGAUCUCUGUGGAAGUAAAGCAUCUCACUUGACAGAGAGCACUGAACAAUGUUGUUAGAAUGGCAUUCAUAACUCUGGUUACUGGUUUUUAGAAUGAGAUCUUGGAGCUCUUUAGAUUUCUUCCGAGAAAUGCACAUACUAUGAAUUCCACAGUGUGAAUCGAGCCAUUUAGAAAUUGCCAAUGUUUGAAUGGUUGUAUUGUAUUAAACUAUAAUGACUACUGAUAGAAUGGCAAUUCAUUGACUACUGAUGGACAUAUUAUGUUCUACACCAUACCAUUGCAUAGUUAGAGGACGCAUAAUCGUAACCUAUGAGAUCAAUCGACGAAACAUUUGUUGAGGUCGAUUCGAAAUAUUUCUGGAAACUUGUUCUGCUUGAUAUUUGCUAUGCUGAACCGAUAACGCUAAUAAUGCAAACACAUUUGA